AUGCUAAUUAUACCAGGUUUAAAUAACUUGUCUAAUUUUCGAUUAAAAGCAUUAAAAGAUAAGAUUAAUGCUUCUCUCUCUAAGAACAGUUCAAAUACAAGUUUUUGUACGGAUAUCUAUAGUCUUUAUAUACAUUUUAUAGAAUUAAAUACAGACGAACCAUUUUCUGAUUCAGUUAGAAUUUCUAUUGACAAAUUAUUAAAAUAUGGAACUAAGAUAAAUGAUGACGAUAAAAACAUUAAAGAACUCAUAUUUUCAGUUUCCGAAUCAAAAUUUUUAGAUAAUACAUUUAUUAUACUUCCACGAACAGGUACUAUAUCACCAUGGUCUUCUAAAGCUACAAGUAUUGCACAUGUUUGUGGAUUUAAAAAGUAUAUUAAGAGAAUUGAACGAGGAAUUAUUUUUUAUCUUAUAACAAAUGAUAAAAAAUCAUUAAUACCUAGAUUAUCAGAAUUUUCUUCAUAUUUGUAUGAUCGAAUGACACAAAUGAUUGAUUACAAAUUUCCUACAGAAGAAGUUUUGUUUAGACAUUUAAAACAUGUUUCAUUUCAGGAAAUUCCUAUUGGAUCUACUGAAGUUCCAAAAGAAGAAGUAAAAAUUAAUCUCGAAAAUAUUAAUAAAAAGUAUAGUUUAGCUUUCCUAGAAGAUGAAAUUUUAUAUCUUACAAAUGUUUUUACUGGAAGUAAUAAAUUGUUAGAACCAAGAAAUCCAUAUGAUAUUGAAUUAUUUAUGUUUGGACAAAUUAAUUCAGAACAUUGUCGUCAUAAAAUUUUUAAUGCUAAUUGGAAUAUUAACAAGAUUGAGAAACCAUAUUCUUUAUUUUCAAUGAUUCAAAAUACCCAUGCAAAAAAUCCUUAUUAUACAAUCUCUGCAUACACAGAUAAUGCUGCUGUUUUAAUGGGGCGUGAAGUUUUGAACUUUUACCCAGAUUUUAAGACAAAAAUAUGGAAGCAGUAUAAUGAAUUAUUACACUUUUUAAUAAAGGUAGAAACACAUAAUCAUCCAACUGCUGUAUCACCUUUUCCUGGAGCAUCUACAGGCUCUGGCGGAGAAAUAAGAGACGAAAGUUCUGUUGGACAAGGAUCUAAACCUAAAGCAGGAUUAACAGGAUUCAAUGUUUCUGAUUUAUUAAUACCAAACUUUUGUCAACCAUGGGAACUUAAUAUCGGGAAGCCGCAUCAUAUUGCAUCUGCAUUAGAAAUUAUUCUAGAUGCGCCAGUAGGAAGUGCAUCUUUUAAUAAUGAAUUUGGUCGUCCAUUAAUUUCUGGAUAUUUUCGAACUCUUACUACUAAAACAUGUAAUCUUGAUGGGAAAUAUGAAUUCUGGGGAUAUCAUAAACCUAUUAUGAUAGCAGGAGGAAUAGGAUCAAUUAAAAGUAUACACUCUAUUAAAAAUGAAGUGACUCCUGGAGCAUUGUUAGUAAUAUUAGGGGGGCCAUCAAUGCUUAUAGGACUUGGAGGAGGGAGUUCUUCAAGUCUGGAUUCAGGUGAGUGUUCUGAAGAAUUAGACUUCUCUUCAGUACAACGAGGAAAUCCAGAGAUGCAAAGAAGAGCUCAAAUGGUAAUUGAUACAUGUAUUUCUUUGAAUUCAAAAAAUCCCAUACAAUCUAUUCAUGAUGUAGGGGCUGGUGGAUUGUCUAAUGCAUUUCCCGAAUUACUUCAUAAUUUUUAUGUAGGCGCAAAAAUUGAGCUACGUGAAAUACCUACAGAUGACUCUGGAAUGUCUCCAAUGGAAUUAUGGUGUUGUGAAGCACAGGAAAGAUAUGUUCUUUCUGUAUUACCUGAAAAUAUAAAUAUCUUGAAAUCUAUUGCAGAAAGAGAACGUUGUCCUAUAGCAAUUGUAGGCCAUGUUAUUAAAGAAAGACAUCUUAUAUUGACAGAUAGACUAUUUAAUACUACUAUUGACUUGCCUAUGUCACUAUUAUUUGAAGAGUUUCCGAAAUUAUCUAAAGUUGAUUCGUCAGCAAAUUUACUAUUAUCAAAAUUUACUAUAUUAUUUGAAAAUAGCACAGAAAAUAAUUUUUCAACACUGAAAGAAGCUAUUAGGCGUGUUCUUAUGCUGCCUUCUGUUGGUUCUAAAUCAUUUUUAAUUACUAUUGGGGAUAGAAGUGUUACUGGGCUUGUUUCUCGUGAUCAAAUGGUUGGUCCAUGGCAAACUCCUGUUUCUGAUGUUGCAGUAGUUUUAUCAUCAAUUAGUGAUACAAAUAACUACGGAGAAGCAUUUUCUGUUGGAGAAAGGCCUGUUAUAUCAAUAAUAUCUCCUUCUGCAUCAGCUAGAAUGGCAGUAGCGGAAUCUUUGACUAAUAUAUAUGCAGCUGACGUAAAAGGGAUUGAACAAAUUUGCCUAAGUGCUAAUUGGAUGGCAUCAUCUACUCAUAAGGGUCAAGGAGCAGCGUUAUAUGAAGCUGUUGAAGCAAUUGCAAUUUACUUAUGUCCUCAGCUUGGAAUAAGUAUUCCUGUUGGAAAGGAUUCUUUAUCAAUGAAAAUGAAAUGGAAUAGUGAUGGAAUAAGCAAAGAAGUGACUUCACCUCUUUCUGUUGUUAUUUCUGCAUUUUCUUUAGUCGAUGAUGUUAGAAAAACUUGGACACCUCAGCUAAGAAGAAAAACAGAAAAGGGUAUAGGAAAAACUAUACUCGUGUUUGUAGAUUUAGCAAAUAAAAAGAAAAGAAUGGGAGGAUCAGCCAUAGCUCAGGUAUUUUUGCAAAUUGGCGACGAAGCUCCAGAUAUUGUAGACGUGAAACAUUUUAAAUCAUAUUUAAAUGCACUCAAAGAUUUGCAUAAUGAUGAUAUUGUGCUUGCAUAUCAUGACAAGUCAGAUGGCGGACUUUUUACUGCAGCAGUAGAAAUGUCAUUUGCUGGAAGAGUUGGUCUGAAAUUGAUUUUGAAUGAUUUAUGCCAUAAAAAUUCCUCAGAACAUGAUAUAAUUAACACUCUUUUUAACGAAGAACUUGGCGGAUUAUUUCAGAUUAGAGAAACUGAUUUGAAUAAAUUUAAAAACUAUUUUUUAUUAAAAGGAUUUAAUAUUGAUGAUAUUUAUACUAUUGGUAACAUAGAAGAUGAAAAUCCACAAAUAAUAUCAAUCAUACAUUUUGGAAGUGAAAUUUAUCAGUCAUCAAGAGGACUGUUACAACAAAUAUGGUCCAGUACAUCGUAUAACAUACAAUCUUUAAGAGAUAAUCCUAAAUAUGCUAAAGAAGAAUUCGAAAACAUUAUUGAUGAUUCUAAUCCUGGAUUAAUUUUUUCAUUAACUUAUUCAAUGAAGAAUAUAUCUAUUCCAUCUAAUUUAUUAUCAUAUCGACCCAAAGUUGCCAUUCUUCGUGAACAAGGUAUCAAUGGGUAUUAUGAAAUGGCAUAUGCAUUUGAAUCUUCCGGGUUUACAGCAGUAGAUGUUCAUAUGACUGAGCUAAUAAAUAGAGAGGUGGACUUAAAUAACUUUAUAGGAUUUGCAGCUUGUGGAGGAUUUUCAUAUGGGGAUGUUCUUGGAGGGGGCUCCGGAUGGGCAAAUUCUAUUCUUCUUCAUUCAGAUAUUCGACAAUCAUUCUAUAAAUUUCUUUCAUUACGUAAGGAUACAUUUAUUUUAGGAAUAUGUAACGGCUGUCAAUUUUUAACUAAACUUAAAAAACUUAUAUUGGGUGCAGAAUGUUGGCCCGAUUUUAUACGUAAUAAAUCAGAACAAUAUGAAUCAAGAGUUGUAUCUGUAAGAAUACCAAAGAAUGAUAAUAUAAGCACGGCUUUACCUUCGAUAUUUUUAUCUGGUAUGGAAGGGUCAAUUAUUCCAGUUCCAGUAGCACAUGGAGAAGGACAAGCAUACUUUAAUAAUCCUGAGGAUUUACAAGAAUUUUUAGAUAAAAAAUUAACAGCACUUGAAUAUGUAGAUAAUUAUGGAGAAACAACAAGUAGGUAUCCAUACAAUCCAAAUGGAAGCCUUUAUGGUAUUGCUGGAGUAAAAUCUGUAGAUGGUAGAGUUCUUGCGCUUAUGCCACAUCCUGAAAGAGUUAUUAAAAAAAAUUCAAAUAGCUAUUAUCCAAUAGAUCAGUCUACUGAAUGGGGGGAAUGGGGACCAUGGAUUCAAUUAUUUAGAUCUGCACGUCGUUGGGUUGGUUAA